CUUACAGAAAUAAACACGACUAAGACAGGGUUGUGCUUUCGUCAUGCUAAAGACGACGUAGGUGUUUGGUUCUGAAAACAACACUGUCCGAAUGGGGAGAAAGGGUCGUAAGAGAUGGAAUUCCUGUUUAAUGUGGUUUGCAACGUCGUUGGGGGCUUUAUGCUUAACAAUUUCUUGUUCAAAUGCCUCAAAUCGCGAUUUGCACGAUACUCGCGAAGAAGUGAUGUUUUCUGGUGGAUCCACCGAUCUACGAUUUCAACGUGUCGUUGAUAACACUAGGAAACUGAUUUACAUUAGUACCCUUGAUGGCAAAUUCUCGGCGCUUGAUGUAAAAAAUGAAGGUGAAUUACUGUGGAGUGUACCUGCAGAUGGCCGACCCCUUUUAUCCUCAAGUAUCAGUCAGCUAGAGAUCAUGGAAAACGGUGUGUCCACUCGGUACAUUCCAUCACUGGACGGAGGCCUUUACCGCUACGACGGAGAAAGCAUUCAUCCAGUGCCUCUGACAGCAGAUAAACUUCUCAGCUCAUCCCACAAGAUGUCCGAGGAUACCAUGAUGGUGGGAGGGAAAGAUUUGGUCACCUUGGGACUGGACCCUCUCACAGGACAGAUGCGUUAUAAAUGUGGUGUUAAAGGAUGCCACACAUUUGGCGAUGAUGUUGGGAGAGAAGAUGAUUUACUGAUUGUAACACGUCAGACCCAAACUGUUCGUGCUGUGGACUCCCGUACAGGGUCAGAAAAGUGGAACUACAGUGUUGGUCAACAUGAAGUUGCCUUCAUGAAAGGUCAUCACAAGGUCAUUGAUCACCAUGACGAUGAAACUGAGCGGGAUGAGGUCACAUGUUCAGUUGACGAUGAGGACACUGCGGACACUAUGGACAUGUUUAGCGGCACAGUGAAGAUCGUGGUUCCUGAUGGUAUGGUUGUGGGAGUGAGUCCAGACAACUUCCAGUCGGUGGCGUGGACGUACAAGUUCAAGAGUCCCAUCUCCAGCGUAUGGCUGCUUUACCAGGGGGAACUGCGACAACUCGAUCUCUUUGACAACAAGAACAUUCCAGCUCUGUCCAGCUUCUCUGCUGAUGACGCCCCUAUUCAUCAACCGUUACUUUAUGUUGGUAUGCAUGACAAGCAGUUUUAUGUCCAGUCUUCGGAGCGAAUGCGUGAGAAAAUGAUGGCGGCCUCAGAGAAAUACAAGGAUGACCGCCUCAUGACCACCUGCAACACUGACGCCUCCCUCCCUCGAGUGUCAUGGAAACCGUACCUCAACACUGCACAGUGGCGUACCCCCUCCAUGAGAAACAACCAAGCCCAGCAGAUUGAAGGAGGAUCACCUAUCAACAUGGUCACAGAGCAGUGUGAUCAGCCUGAUGACCAUGCCCUUGUAAUAUGGCAUGAGAACUAUCCUUUUGAUAAUGGCUUCUACCUGUACCCAGAAUUCACUAUGAAGGUCCCUGUCUCAGAGAAGGAGGGUAUGUCAGAAGCGACCAGUGAUGGGAACCAAUCGCAUGAGUCCACUCUUUAUGAGGAUGUGUUGGCCAUGCCUGUUACACUCUGGACGUGGUGGAAGGAAGUGAUUGCCAUAAGCGUGGUGUUCUCUGUGCUGACCCACAUCGUACUUAAUCGAUUACAAAGGGUCCGGGAUGGAAGAGAAAUAGAGCAGAGCUCCAGCAGCAGUCAGCCAUUGAGUGACACCAGUUCUCCCAAGGAGGAUGUGGAGAAUGAUUCAGAAGGGGCAGUUACUCUGCCAAGUCGACAGAACUCUGCUGACCAGUUUGAGUCCAGGUACACUGCUGAUUAUGACCACAUGCAUGUGCUGGGCAAGGGAGGCUUUGGUGUGGUGUUUGAGGCCCGCAACAAGGUUGAUGAGUGCCACUACGCCAUCAAACGUAUCCCUCUGCCAAAUAGUGACGGAGCCAAGGAGAAGGUCAUGAGAGAAGUGAAGACUCUGGCCAAGCUAGACCAUGUGGGCAUAGUGCGUUACUUCCACACGUGGAUUGAGUCACCACCUGCGGGCUGGCAGGAGGAGAGGGAUCGCGCUUUUGAGUGCAGUGAAGGAGUUACCUCCCCUAUCUUCUCAGAAUACACCAGCUACACCCCAAGUCCACUUGCAAGGGGAUCACAGCAAACAGAAUCUAGCAACAACAAUUUGAAAGACUCUCCAAAGCUUCAGACAAGUCCUCUAGAUUUUCUAAAAAAUCCCCUUGGAGAUAAUAUUCUUGAAUUAACCGAGGGUCAGAUAAAGCGAGGAGCUAGUGAAGAGUUUUCAGUGCAUAAUAUAUCUGAGAGUGGGUGGGGCAUUGAAGAUAUGUCUACCAGUAAUAGGUCCAGGGGUUGGUGGGUGCAUAGAAAAGAUCUAGAGAACGAUGAAAGUGGAUCAUUUAGUGGUGUGGGUACUCCAAAUUUAAAUCAAGGGCAUUUGGAUGACAGUGUUGACAUAUCAUUCAGACACGAACAUAACAAUAAUCUAAACAGCAAUAAUAAUGUGAACAAUGCGAAAACCACUGGUAAAUCUGUAUGGGACAUUCAGGAUGUGGAGCCAGAGGACCAUAUUGUGCGGAUGGAGGAUUCUAACAGUGCAUUCCAGAUUGUCUUCGAAGAUUCUGGAUGCGGAGAUAGAAGCUCUAAGGAUUCCAUAGAAGACAUAAGUGAAGGCUGCCAAUCGAAUCUCUCCAGGAAUUGUCUAGACUCUAGUAUGGGCUCAAACAUCGACACUACAAACCCUUUCAAGAAAACACAUUCCAGGUCAAAUUCACAGCUCAGUGUAAAGUUGCACUCGCGUUCCCCAUCUAAGGACCUUGCAAAUCUUACUGUAGAAAAAGAAACCAAGCACAAAGACGAAGCAGAUUGUGACAAGAAAAUUACCACAACUGAAGCGGAUAGAUCUACACCAAAGCCUAAACUUUAUCUUUACAUACAAAUGCAGCUAUGUCGGAAAGAUACUUUAAAAGACUGGCUUUCUGCAAACACGUUAAACCGUGACCGUCACAGUGUGUUGGACAUUUUUGACCAGAUCGUCUCAGCAAUAGAGUAUGUACAUGACUCGGGUCUUAUGCACAGAGACUUGAAGCCCUCCAAUAUAUUCUUCUCCCUCGAUGGGGUAGUGAAAAUGGGAGACUUUGGUCUCGUAACUGCCUUGACUGAUGAACAAAACGAGGUCUUGCUUGUAGGAGACCCUUUCAAAAAGCACACGGCACAAGUGGGCACGCAACUUUAUAUGAGCCCAGAACAAAUGAGUGGUAAGAAGUACUCGGCUAAGGUGGAUAUUUUCUCACUGGGUGUGAUUCUCUUUGAGCUCCUGUACCCGUUUGCUACUCAGAUGGAGCGAGUCAACACGCUUGUGAACGUCAAGCGACAGGUUUUUCCAGAACGUUUCAAUCGGGAAAUGCAGAAAGAAGCCACGUUUGUGAGCUGGUUGCUUUCACCCAAGCCUGAGGACCGUCCAUCUGCCAAGGCCAUCUUGGACAGUGAGUUGCUGAAAGAGUUCGAGAGUCGAAGGAUGCCAAGAAGAUUCCGCACCCGAACUGUAUCUCAGAAUAGCUCAUAGACACAUAUUUUUAUCCAUACGUUGAAUCAUUUAACUCAUUAGCACAGGUGUAAUUUGUAGCACAUAUUGACAAUUUUCAUUUACCCAUUUCAUUAACUUAUUGUUUUCUCCAAACAAUUGAAUCUUUUUAGAUUAUUGUUAUUGAUAAAAGUUUUCAGCAUUAAUAUUGAUUUCAGUACUGUAUUUUGAAAAAAAACGUGUCCUUUAUGUUAAUUGUCCUUUAUGUUAACUUUGUUUGUGUGUUUUUUUUUGUACAUCAUCUAUUGACUAAUACACAUUCAGUAUUGUGAGAACUGGAAAAUGUUUUCAUUAUUCCAUUAUUUAUGCUGUUUACUGAUCAUCAGUAUCUAAGGGUUUGAAUUGAAACCUUUAAAACUUGGAUUUAGUAAGAAAGGCCUAAAUAAAAUUAAACUUUCUGAGGGACUACAAAUGCGUAAAAAUACUUACAUUUUUUUUGUAUUUAAAAGGUAAAUUGUUAAAUCUUGCUCAAACUCUCACAGCUGAAUGACCUUAAUUUGUAAAUUGAUUAUAAAGAAAGGAGUAAUGACCCUGAAUAGUGUUGGCUGAAACAUGGCCCUUUGUCUUUAUAUCUUUUGUAGAAUAUAUUAUGGAUUUGUCUGUGUCCAUGUGUUUAGGGAGCUAAUAUGUAAGAAUUUAUUUGUAUUUCAUUAUAACAAAGUGUCAUAGCUAUUUGUCAUUGAAAACCCAUUUAUUCAGUAAGUUUCUCAUAUCCACAUUGACUUUCAUCAAACAGUGCCAUCUUAUACCUCACAGACUCUAGCCUUGUGAUUUUUCACCCGCAUUAUCCCAUGAAAAUGCCUGGUCCCUUGUUAAUAAUUGGCAGUGUCUCAAAGUUUGCAAUAGAUGUUUAUCAUUUACUCCCACAGGGUCUCAGAAUAUACCAUAGACUCUUGUCAUUUCAUCAUAACAGUGUCUUCGAACAGACCAUAGAUACUUGUCAUUUCAUCCCAAGUUUUAUCAGAAUAGACAAAAGACACUUGUCAUUUCAUACUAACAGUGUAUUAGACUAGACCAUAGACACUUGUCAUUUCAUGCUAACAGUGUUUUAGAACAGACCAUAGACACUUGUCAUUUCAUACCAACAAUAUCUCAGAAUAUAACAUAAACUCUUCUCAUUUCAACUCAACAAUGGUCUCGAAAACGACCAUCAAAACUUGGGCAACAUCAGUGUGUAUGAAAAGACUUUAGACACUUGUCAUUUCACCCAAACAGUCUUUAUUUUUUAGGUGUGGUAAUUGAUGCAUGUAUUACAUAUCAAUUUCAUGAACUUUCUGAUGGUUCGACAAGUUUAUACAUGGUCAUGCAUAUUAAUGUUAUGACAGAAACCAUAUAUUUUGUGGUUAAAAAUUUAAUUAUGAAUAUGGUUAUUUAGAGAAACGCGUUUGCUUUUAUUGGUGGCUGGUUGCAUUAUAUAAUAUGAACAAUCAUUUUAAGUUGUUUGUGUUUUUGGUGUGUUAUAACUAAUAUGUAACACAAUAUUUUUGUUCACAAAUCAUUUCAAGCUUUUCUAUACGAGUAUACCGAUUUUUAAUUACAGUAAGAUUAGUAGGUACAAGUAUAUCCUUGUAGUUUUUAUAAUGAAGGCAAAACUGAACAUAAUUAUAUACUAUGUACCAGUACUCUGAAAGUGUUUACAUUUAUCUCUGAAAUCUCCUUUUGAUUAUGCAUUGAGAUUGUGAUUUGAAUUGCAUGUGUGGUUGUUGUAAUAACUAUGUAAACUAAUAUACAUUGUAACCAUGGAUGGAAUACAAAACGGUUUAUAAUUAUAGUGUAUUUGAAUAUGAAUUGACUAUCAAAUUUGUAUUUGUUGGAAUGACACAUGGAUACUUAUUAGUUAUGGUAUUGUUUUGCAAACAAUGAUAUUAUUGUUACUUUUAUGUUUGUUAUGUGUUGGUUUUAAUGAGUUUAUGGAUGCAUCCCCCGACAUUUUUCACUUGAAUCCGGUAAUGCGUAAAUAGAUCUUAUGCCAUUAGCGACCAGCAUAGCUCCAGACCAGCCUGCACAAUGGCGCUGUUUGCUAGAAAGAUUGUCUUUCUCCUAUAAUGUCACGCAAGGUUUUUUGGCAACUUUUCCAAGAUAUGGUACCUCCUGACCACAGAGGCGUCGGAGCUUGGGCGGCAGGGGCGACGGCCGCCUCCCCAAUAUUUUCGGCAAAAAUGACAUAUCGGCAAAGACCUUUUUUCAUUUUUUUUCAUUUCAAUACCCAUUUAUUUGAAAAUAUCUUUACCACGAAGCAAGGUAAUCACGUUUUCGCGGUUAUGACACAUGUAUUGUUGAUUGCCAUCACCCACCCGCGGUAGUGUACGUGUCAAUAUGUUGUUAAUUGCUCGGUCUUUAUUAUAACGAUUAUCCCUUUAUUCUUGAGUAGUUAAACCUGGGAAUCUUUAAUUGUCGGUAUGAUCUUAGCCUUUGCUUCUUUUCAUUAAUAUAAAGAAAGUAUGACAUGAAACAAAUGUGCCAAUAUCCAAUAGUCCUAUAUUAUCACAAAAUUAAAGACACCUCAAGAUACCUGAAUUAAUUGUAAUUACUCAAAUUAAAUCGAUAAUUCUAAAAAACUUAUUUAAUGUUUUUUUUACCACUUUUUGUGUCAUUUCAAUAUGUCUACUCCAAACCACCAAACGAAUUUCGGGAAAAAAUCCCGAAGAACGAUCUUUCAGCCCACAUGAUCCCUAUUGUUGUGUCGCCUGCUACAAAGUACAAACUGCGCCAUAUAGAGAUCACUUCUUCAUCGUCUGUCUGUCUGUCACAACUUUUGUCAUUCAUAAUAUGCCUGUAAUAGUCGGGUAUCAGGCAUAAAAACGCACCAAAAUGCGCUAUUUGAUUUUAAAAUUUAAAAAAAAAUCCCGGAACCCCACCAACGGGAGCGGGAUACCUCCUCCCAGACCCACCCCAUCCGCCGCCCCAAUGUCAAUUUGCUUCCGACGCCCUUGGACCAGCCUUUGGGUUAGAGCUACGCUGGUCGCAUAUGGCAUAAUACCCAUUUUUGCAUGACGCAGCUCACUUGUCAAAUGAUUAUGCCCUUGUUAUAAGCAUGUUUAAUUGAUACUAACCAUAAAUUAUAGUUAUUGAAAAAUAAAAUUAAAACCAU